AUUAGUUAAUUGACAAUGCAAGAGUGGGACAUUUACAUCUUCAUCAGUCCCUGGUACAUCCUUUAAAAAAAGGACACUCCCACAUGUAAAUGUGGGAAGACCGGUUAUGUUUCCAAGCUGAAAUUCAAAUUCAGUUGGUCAGUCUCUCAAGACACCGCAAGGCAGGUUGUCUUUCACAUGCUCACACAUGUUUGCUCCCAGAACUGCAUGCUGCACAGGAUAAAAAUCAGUACUAACACAACUUCAACAAAGCAACAUUCUCCGGGAGCAGAAGGGAGGACUUGCCACUUUCCUAUCGGCGCUGGCUAUUCUCGGGUCGGUGCUUCAGACAGACACCAGCAUGGGGUUGUUUUUUUCAAAGAGUGACUUCAACAAGAUUCCCACAGUGAUUAUGAUGGGCCUCGACUCCUCUGGGAAGUCCACCCUGCUCUACACAUUCCAGAAAGAGGAGGUGAUGAAGACCUCCCCCACCGUGGGCUUCAAUGUGGCAACUCUGAAUGUGGACAAGAACACAGCCCUGACAGUGUGGGAUGUGGGCGGACAAAGCAAGAUGAGGGCCAACUGGAAGUACUACCUGGAAGGCUGCAAGGCCCUGGUGUUUGUGGUGGACAGCAGCGACCGGGCUCGUAUCAGAGAGGCCCACAAGGUGUUGAAAGUGAUCCUGUCAGACAACAACAUGAAGGGAGUUCCUCUGAUGGUUCUGGCUAACAAGAAGGACCUCCCCAACACCAUGACUAUCAGAGAGGUGUGUAACCAGCUGGAUCUGCCAAACUACAAGCACAGGGCCUGGGAGAUCCAGGCAUGCAGUGGUCUGAAAGGACUGGGUCUCAAGCAAGCCUUCCUCUCCGUGGCCAAACUUGUCAAGAAGGGUUGAGACGAGACUGUACAGUUAGACCUGUGAGGGAUACUUCACCAGCUGGAAAUGGACUGAAACUGAGCAAAUCUAAAUCUAACCACACUAACACGAGCACUUAACUUUAGUUCAGGCAGUGGCGUGUUUAAUAACACCAGAUAAGCUACAUUAUGAAGGCAAUAUGCUCUUUGUGAAAUGCAGAUAAUGGAUAGGCGAUUGUGGAUGAACAAGGAUUAAUUUUAUUCAAUCACAGAAAUUAACUGUUCAGCAAUCCUCAAUGUCACCAUUUCAGCAUGUUGUAUGGAGUUCUCAACAUGAGACUGAACCCUUGAAUUUACAGCACUUACACAUGACUUAAGUGAGACUGCAGAGUACUGUAAAACAGAGAUUAGAAGAAAGGUACACUUUGAUUAGCAUCUACAUAGUUUUUUUAAUCACAUCUACAUUGUUUUUUAAUCACUCUGAGUAAUAAAACAUGCUAAACUAAA